AAAGGCGAACAAGAACUUGGUCUGACGGGGCUGGAGCGGAUCAAUACCAUGGCAGACGCAGGCAAGUCUGUGUCAUCCGCUCCACAUAAUUUAUGCGGCAAAGGCUGUUCGAUCAAUGCCGGUGGGUCAAGAAUGCUAGUGCCAGCAGUCUUUUGCGCAGCAACGAGUAUCGCUGGGAACAUAACUGCACUGUCAGUGGUAUCCCCGGCACCAGUCUUUCUGCCAGCCAUCUUGGCUUAGUUUUAUUUCUGCUAGGGGCGACGUUCUCGCAGGAGUCCGUGAUUGGGAGGCGGCGAGUGAUCGCACCUGAAUCUGCUAGCACAGGACCCAAAUCGUCUUGCUUCGGCAGACAUUCAGGUGGCUCCUUUGAUCGUCUUAAUCAAACGAAUCCAAAACAGCGCCGCAACCGGCAUCACUAAACCCCCUUCACCCUCCUACCCGUUCGCUGUUUAUCGCUGCAGCUCGUGACACUCGCCAUCUGCGUUGAAAGAAGUCUUCUCAUCCACCCGGCGAUCGGAAGCCACCCGUCCAGCGGUUAAUUUCGGACCCAGCGGCAGCAGGCUACCCACCAGUCCUGCGAGCUUGCAGCCAUUGUUGUUUGACAGUCUGCCUCUGGCGUGAUUCAUCUGACAAACUGUUCGCCGGUAGGAGGUGUUCAGUGGCGACCAAGCAUUAUGGCUGAUUUCGACGUUGCGACCUCGGACAGGAAUAUCCAAGACAUGGAUGACGGACUGUCGAACGGCAUCCCGGGUGACGACUCGGCCGCCAUCGGCGCUGUUGAUGUCACCAAGCCUGCCGCCGACCCCAUGACGAUGUCGGGUGUCUUCUCGCGCGACCUAGACCUGGAAUACGAGGGCGAGGAGAGUGUGAGCAGCGCCAACCCGCCCUCUAGCGACGCCUUCGUGGGCUGCGGCAUGGCGGACAGCUUCAUGCUGCAGCAGGACGAGUCGACCGCGUCCAGCGAGCAGCCGGACACCUUCGGAGGCUGCGGCAUGACUGAUAGCUUCGUGCAGCUGGCCAAUGGAAGCAACCUCAUGGGUGCAGAGGACGGUAACUUGGCGGAGGAAGGGGUGCUGAUCGAUUUCGGCCAAACCCCACCCCAGGCUUCUACCUUACUCCCGAGCGCCCGUGUCCACGUGCAGGAGGAAGGCUACAGCCGCAACGGGGAUUUCGGGGGUGUGAGUGGCGACGAGGAGGAAGGAGAAGAGGGUGCGGGUGUCCCAGAAGAACGGCUGGUGAUUACGGACUACGAUCCAGGCCACAUCGCGCUGACGGCGGCCUCGACAAACCCUUUUUGUAUGGAGGAACCGGAACGACUGGAGACAGUUCCACAUCACGCCAUGGCUGCUGGGAUAGAUCUCCUCCUGCAAAACGCGCCACCCCCGUCGGAACCCUUUUCAGCUAGUGAGGAGGAAGAGGAGGAAGAAGAAGAGGAAGAGGAUAGCAGCCGUUUCACCGGCGAGCAACCUGCGAGUGACGCGGCGGGACCUGAGCUCGCGAGUCCCGGAUGAAAUAGAGUCGCGCUUCAGCGAUCAGCAACC